CUCCCUUGCCUCCCCUUUCCUUUCCUUUCCUUUCCUUCCCUUUCCUUUCCUUUCCUUGCCUUGCCUUCCCGGCUGCUGUUGAACGUAUUCAUAGUUCGGGGUUUGGGCUCGUCGGGCUGUUUUUAAAAAGCCAAAGCAGCUCCCAAGUUGAUCAGUCUGCUCCGGAGCCUCCGCUGGAGAAAGUCGCACUAAUUGAAGGGGAGCGCAUGCAGCUAUAGUUGUUGGCCUUUUUGGCGCCCUCUAACGCAAAGACUUUUGCUUUUUUUGGAGUUUCUUCUUUUUGCAGCGAGCGGGCGAUCCUUUGGGAGGUUUGGGGCGCCAACUUGAGCACGUCUCCAAUUAAGGUGCUUUUUGCUCUUGUUUUGAAUUCGAUCGCAGCACCACUUGGAUAAAGACUCUUGGCUUUAGCUUUUAAGACUGGAUUAUCUGAUUGAGGCAUUGUGCUUCAUUAGAGCGGUCCACUUUUCCCCCCACCGCCGCCGCCGCCGCCUCCUCCUCCUCCUGGUCCUCCUCCUCCGCCUCCUCCUGUGCGCCGCUUUUACGCGAUAACUAGGCGAGACGACAACAAUGUUUGGGACUUUGUGCCUGUUGGGGACGCUUCUGUGGGGACUGCGCGGUUGCUGCUGCUGGGCUUCGUACGUGCCGUGCGAGCCGUGCGACGACAAGGCCAGGUCCAUGUGCCCGCCGAUCCCGAGCGGCUGCCAGCUGGUCAAGGAGCCGGGUUGCGGCUGCUGCCUCACGUGCGCGCUGAGCGAGGGCCAGGCGUGCGGCGUCUACACGGGGACGUGCGCGCAGGGCCUGCGCUGUCUACCCCGCAGCGGCGAGGAGAAGCCCCUGCACGCCCUCCUCCACGGCCGCGGAGCCUGCAGCAACCAGAAGGGAUACAAGCCGGCGCACCCGCCCGUAGAGCCCGAGUCCCGGGAGCACGAGGACACGACGGCGGCGGAGAUGACGGAGGAGCUGCAGCCGGCCAAGGUGCCGCUCCUGACCAAAGACAUUGUCAACAGUAAAAAGGUGCACGCCAUGCGCAAGGAGCUGAAGAGGAAGCUGGGCAAGCAGCGCUCCAUGGGCUCCGCCAUGGACUACUCCCCGCUGCCCAUGGACAAACACGAGCCCGAGUUUGGACCCUGCCGGAGAAAACUGGACGGCAUCAUUCAGGGAAUGAAAGAUACGUCUCGAGUCAUGGCUCUCUCUUUGUACCUUCCUAACUGUGACAGAAAAGGAUUCUUCAAACGCAAACAGUGCAAGGCGUCCCGUGGCCGCAAGCGCGGCAUCUGUUGGUGUGUGGACAAGUACGGCGUUCAACUCCCCGGCACGGAUUACAGUGGCGGAGACAUCCAGUGUAAAGACCUGGAGAGCACCAACAACAACAACGAGUAAAGGACAAACAGAAUACGAGGACCACAA